AUGACUAUCGUAUCGCCAUUCAAUAUUGCCGUCCCCGAUGCUCAAAUUGAGCAGCUUCACAAGAAGCUCGAGCAAGCUACUUUCCCUAAUGAGCUCGACGGUGCUGGCUGGGACAUGGGUGUUCCGCUCGCCGAGAUGAAGCGACUGGCCACCGUGUGGCGUGAAAAUUUUGACUGGCGAGCCCAGGAAAAGAGAUUGAAUGAGCAGCUUCAGCAGUAUACAGUCCCUAUCUCAGUGGAUGGGUUUGGGGAGCUUGAUAUCCACUUCAUCCAUCAUCGAAGCUGCAGUCUGAAUGCUAUCCCGCUCCUGUUUAUUCACGGAUGGCCUGGUAGCUUCCUCGAAGCAACCAAGUUGAUCCCGUUGCUUACCAAGGGCAACGAAGGGCCCGUAUUCGAUGUUGUGGUGCCUUCACUGCCCAAUUUCGGCUUCUCGCAAGGGGUUUUGAAGAAAGGAUUCGGUCUAGCCCAGUACGCCGAAACGCUCCACAAACUGAUGAUGACGCUGAAGUAUGAUGAAUACGGCAAGUUAACCUUGGCUAUCCAAGGAGGUGAUUGGGGCAGCAUGAUCGCCCGUGCUAUGGCGCAAUACUAUGCCAAACACAUUCAAGCCAUUCAUUUAAACUUUAUCCCAGUCGUUCCUCCCUACCCAUGGCGAAGCCCUCUACGCUUCCUCCAGUCCCUGGCCAGUGUCCCGUUCUCGGCUAAGGAUCGAGCGUGCAUCGCUCGGACCAUGGACUACGCCCAGCGUGGCAAUGCCUACAUGAAGCAACAGGCGACUCGGCCGGAGACGUUGGGAUAUGGCUUGCACGACAGUCCGGUCGCACUGCUGGCUUGGAUCUAUGACAAGCUUCAUCUUUGGUCGGACGGCUACCAAUGGACUGAUGAGGAAAUCUUGACCUGGGUGAGUAUCUACUUCUUCUCGCGGGCGGGGCCAGCGGCUUCAAUCAGGAUUUACUACGAGGCUUCGGCAAAGAGACCCGAUAGCACGAAGACCACUGGCGAACCGGAUGGCCAGAUCAAGAACUGGAUAACCCUUGAUCAGGUCCUGGCAGCUCACGCGCCACCCAAUGUGCGAUUUGCUGUCGCACAGUUUAAGGAAGAGAUUGUGAUGUGGCCCAUGGCCUGGUACCAUGCCAUCGGGAAUGUGACUAAGGAGAAGGAGUUCGAUCGCGGUGGUCAUUUUGCAGCGUGGGAGGUGCCUGAGCUGCUAGCUGGGGAUCUGAAGGAAUUCUUCAGUAGGGAUGGAGCAGGUUAUGAGGCUGUACAGGGGAAAGAUGGCUAUUGA